AUGUUAUUAAUUUUAAUAUUUGGUGCCUUUAUUGACGCAAGCAAAGGUUUGAUUUAUUCUAAAGAUUAAACAAGUAUUUUCUGAAUAAAAUUAGAUUUCUAUAAAAAUCUUCUACCUUCAGUUAAUUAUUAUAUCGAAACAGGUUAUGUAAGUGUUGGCGAUUUAACAAUAUCAGAAAAUAGAUUAUUUUAUUCGCUUUACUUAAAAGAGACCGUAAUGAAAAAGACAGAUAUCAAAGCAGACGAUGAAUUUAUCCUUUGGAUCUAUGGUGGUCCAGGUUGUUCAUCAUAGGAUAGUAAUUUUAAUGAAAAUGGACCUAUCAGUGUAGAUGACAAUUAAAAGUUGCAUGCAAGAGUAUUAAUUGUUUAAUAGAAAUAAGGAAACAUCUUGGAAUAAGUAGGCACAUUUAAUGUACAUUGAUUAACCAUUUUAUACAGGAAUGAGUUAUUCGAGUAAAGAGGGAUUAAUAGAUAACAGUUGGGAUGCAGCAGAUUAUGUAAUUGAAUUAUUGACUUAAUAUUUUGAAUAAAAUAAAGAAUUAGCUAAAGCAAGAUUACAUAUUUGGGGAGAAAGUUAUGGUGGACAUUAUAUACCUGUAUUAGCAGAAAAAAUAAAAAAAUAAACUAAUUUUAAUUUAAUUGGAAUAGGAAUUGGAGGAGCAUGGUCUCAUCCAAGAGUAUAAGUAAUACCAACAGUUAGAUAAUUAAUAAAUUAUGGAGUCAUUGAUCAAUAUAGAUAUGAUUUAAUGAUGAAAUCUGGAAUUGAAUCAUUAGAUGAUAUAGAUAAUUAAGAAUAUGAGAAAUUCUUAACUGUAAGUGAUGAGGAAAUAUUUUUUAAUGAUGCUGUUGGACCUAAUUUUAGAUAUAAUAUUCAAAUAUAUAACUAUGAUGAUGGAGAUUAAUAUGAAGAAUUUAUAAAUGAUCAUAAAUUAUAAUUUGAUCUUCCAUUGAAUAUUACCUUUUAUGGAUGCAAUCAAGAUAUUUAUUAUGCUUUUGCAGAAGAUUAAACUGUUUCAGUUCUUCCUUCAAUUGAUUAUUUACUUUCAUAAGAAAUUAAAGUUUUUGUUUAUCAUGGUUAAUUGGAUACUGUAGUAUCUCAUACUGGAGUAGAAUAUUGGGUCAAUUUAUUAAAAUGGUAGGAUUUGCCAAUAUGGAAAAAAUAAAAAAAAUCAAUUUGGAAAUUCAUAAAUCCAAAAACUAACAGAGAAGAGACAGCAGGCACUAUUAAAUCUUAUAAGUAACUACAUUUUUGUAUGGUUUACAAUGCUGGACACAUGACACCUACUGAUUAGCCAGAAGCAUCCUUCUAAAUGUUAAAGAACUAUUUUGAUAUUUGA